UAAUUCAAAGGAGAGUUUGAGUGCACAGAGCAAAAAAUAUAUCAAUAUGUCUAAACUUUCUUGUAUUGUCUUUUGUGCAGUAGCAAUGAGGUUAUGUGUUUUCGUUGCGAGCGAGGACGCCUGUUCUAUUUUCCAUGCAGCUAUUAAACCCAUAGUAAUGGAUUGUGCAAAAGAAUAUGGACUUAGCGAAGAUGAUGUUAAGAAAAACCGGGGUCUGGAUGGAUUGAAAAAUUUACCUCCAUGCUUUAUACGCUGUGUUUUCAACAAACUUGAUAUUAUAAACGACAAAGGUCAAUAUGACGCAGAUUCUGGUAUAGCCACAAUCAAAGGAUUAUUGCCAAGUAAUGAAUACUUCGAAAAGAUAACAGCAGUUUUGAAAGAUUGCGAGUCAGUAAACGAAAAAUCUGUCAGUGACGGAGAAGCUGGGUGCGAAAGGGCUUUACUGGGAGCCAUGUGCUAUUUGGAGCAUAAAACUGCUGUCCUAGCUUAACUAUCUGCUAUAGAGACUCAUCAACACCAUGAUACAGAUAGAUAAAUCAAAACGAAAAUGUAUUUUGUUAUUGUAAUAAAAUUAAAUUUUUAAUUAGC